AUUUUAUGUACAUUUUUGUUGAUAUCUUGGGGUACUGUUUGUUUUGUUGAUGAUCUCUGCUGGUGUAGUGUUUGCAAGUCAUUCUCAGUGCAUGUUAACAUUGGCGCUUUAUACAAAUAAAUGCUGAGGGCUUCCUCACAUGGGGCUGUCUAUGUCAGUAAGUCUUAUUUUGAUGGAGAAGUUACUCAAAUAUGUAAUCAUAGUCUAUUACUUACCUUAGAUUAACAGUUCUGAACUUUCUAAGGACUACAAUACUAACUUCCAAGUAGAAGUUGGAAUACACUCGUUUGAAUUCUGAUUUAUGUAAUUUGAAGUCUGUGUAUAGAUCUUCCUUAAGUACUCAGAAGGUUUAACUCUCAAUGUCCUUUUUCUUUCUUUCAGAAAGCUGUAUUCAAUUUUUUUUAAAAGUGCAAAGAAGAUAUAAUUUUUCGUUAUUGUUUUAUGACUAUGUGUCAGAAAAGACUUUCAGAGUGGUAUUCCAAAUUUACAUUUAUAUUUCCCUACCAUUUCAGAGGAACAGGUUGAAAUGGUUUUAAUAUUUUUUAAUAUAAUUAGUAGGGUUUUAAUUUAUUAUUUCUUGAUGAACAGGUAAAAGGAGCUCAGAUUGCAGUAACUGAGCAGUCAUCAUGUCUCGAGCACGGCAGCCCCCACUUGUAACCGGUAUCUCUCCCAAUGAAGGCAUCGCAUGGACAAAAGUGACAAUUAGAGGAGAAAAUUUGGGGACUGGACCUACAGACCUCCUCGGUUUAACAAUCUGUGGGCACAACUGUCUCCUCACUGCAGAAUGGAUGUCUGCCAGUAAAAUUGUGUGUCGAGUUGGACAGGCUAAAAAUGACAAGGGAGACAUUAUUGUUACUACAAAGUCUGGUGGCAAAGGAACUUCAACUGUUUCCUUCAAACUGCUUAAACCUGAAAAAAUAGGUAUCUUGGAUCAGUCUGCUGUCUGGGUGGAUGAAAUGAACUAUUAUGACAUGCGCACUGACAGGAACAAAGGGAUUCCCCCCUUGUCCUUACGUCCAGCUAAUCCGCUUGGUAUUGAGAUAGACAAGGGCAGAUUUCCUCAAAAAGAUUUAGAGUCGCUGUUUCCUGGGAUGAGCGCUGAUUUCACAAGUGAAAACUUUUCUGCUGCCUGGUACCUGAUUGAAAAUCAUUCAACAACAAGUUUUGAUCAGCUCAAAACGGCUGUUGUGAAUUUGAAGAAACAAGCCAAUAAGAAAAACGAAGGAAGUCUAGCUUACGUGAAAGGAGGUCUCAGCACAUUUUUUGAAGCACAAGAUGCUUUGUCAGCAAUCCAUCAAAAACUGGAAGCGGAUGGAACGGAAAAAGUAGAAGGAUCCAUGACGCAAAAACUGGAGAAUGUACUGAACAGAGCCAGUAACACAGCAGAUACCUUAUUUCAAGAAGUGCUGGGUCGCAAGGACAAAGCUGAUUCAACGAGAAACGCACUUAAUGUUCUUCAGCGCUUUAAAUUUCUUUUCAAUCUUCCCUUAAAUAUUGAAAGAAAUAUCCAGAAGGGCGAUUAUGAUGUGGUUAUUAAUGACUACGAAAAAGCCAAGUCCCUCUUUGGAAAGACAGAGGUUCAAGUGUUCAAAAAAUAUUAUGCUGAAGUUGAAACCAGAAUUGAAGCUUUACGAGAACUUUUGUUGGAUAAGCUGCUUGAAACUCCGUCAACAUUGCAUGAUCAGAAACGUUAUAUAAGAUAUCUUUCUGAUCUUCAUGCGCCUGGGGACCCAGCUUGGCAGUGCAUUGGUGCUCAACAUCAGUGGAUUCUGCAGCUCAUGCACAACUGUAAGGAGAGCUAUGUUAAAGAACAAAAAGGCAAUACAUUGCUCCACAGCCCCAUGCUGGACCUGGACAGUGAUGUGCGUCCAUCGCCGAUUGGCCACCUUAGUCAAACUGCUUCACUGAAAAGGGGCAGCAGCUUUCAGUCUGGCCGUGAUGAUGCUUGGCGAUACAAAGCUCCUCAGCAAGUUGUAUUUGUUGAAAAGCUAACAAAACUUGUUGUGAGUCAGCUGCCCAACUUCUGGAAGCUCUGGAUUUCUUAUGUGAAUGGAAGUUUAUUUAGUGAGACUGCUGAAAAAUCUGGCCAAAUGGAAAGAUCGAAGAAAAAUGCUAGGCAAAGACAAAAUGAUUUCAAGAAAAUGAUUCAGGAAGUGAUGCACUCUCUGGUAAAACUUAUACGUGGAGCCUUGCUUCCAUUCAGCCUCAGAGAAGGAGAAUUAAGACAGUAUGGUGGCUGGGAGAUGAAAUCUGAACUUUCUGGCCAGUGGCUAACACAUGUUAUCCAGACUGUAAGGUUAAGUUCUGAGUCUCUUACUGCACUCGAGAUACCCAAUGACAUGCUUCAGAUCAUCCAGGAUCUUAUUCUGGACCUUCGUGUGCGUUGCAUUAUCGUGACCUUACAACACACAGCUGAAGAUAUAAAGAGAUUAGCUGAAAAGGAGGACUGGGUUGUUGACAAUGAAGGUUUGACAUCAUUGCCAUCCCAGUUUGAACAAUGCAUUAUUCAUUCCUUACAAUCUCUUAAAACUGUGUUGGACUGCAAACCUGGAGAAGCCAGUGUUUUUCAGCAGCAGAAAACACAGGAGGAUGUGUGUCAGCUAAGCAUUGGGAUCAUGCAGGGCUUUAUAGAUUGUUUGGAACAACUGAGCACCAAACCUGAUGGUGACAUAGAUACAUCACAUCUUUCAGUUGAUGUUUCAUCUCCAGAUUUGUUUGGAAGCAUUCAUGAAGAGUCAAGUCUUUCUUCAGAGCAGAGACUUUUAAUUGCACUCAGUAACUGCCGUUACCUGGAACGUCAUACCUUCCUAAAUAUAGCUGAACAUUUUGAGAAACAUGGCUUCCAAGGUGUUGAUAAAAUAACUCAAGUUAGUAUGGAAUCCUUGAAAGAGCUGGAUCAAAGACUGUUUGAAAUGUACAUUGAAUUCAAGGCAGAUCCAAUAGUUGGGUCAUUAGAACCUGGCAUUUAUGCAGGAUAUUUUGAUUGGAAAGAUUGUCUUGUUCCAACAGGUGUCAGAAACUACUUGAAAGAAGCAUUAGUGAAUAUCAUUGCUGUGCAUGCAGAGGUGUUUACCAUUUCCAAAGACUUAGUUCCUCGGGUAAUGUCAAGGGUUGUAGAAGCAGUCUCUGAAGAACUGAGUCGACUGAUGCAGUGUGUUUCAUCCUUCAGCAAAAAUGGAGCUUUACAGGCAAAACUUGAAAUCUGUGCAUUGAGGGAUACCGUGGCCAUAUACCUAACACCUGAAAGCAAAUCAAGCUUUAAGCAAGCUUUGGAAGCCUUGCCUCAGCUCUCAAGUGGAACUGACAGAAAUCACGAGCAUCUGAGCUUCAUGAGACAAAUGAGAAUCAAGAACUGCAUCAUUAUUACAUCUGCCUCAGUAUUCUGAGCCCCAGACAGAGCAGAACUUGUUCUGUUUCCCAGGUCAUGGGAAUGGCAACUGUCAUUGCUCCAGGCAGCUCGUUGUAGUCUACAUGUAUUUGUGUAAAAUAACACAUUUGUGCUCUGAGAGCUGUUUGUGUGUGUUCAUUCACAAUCACUACUAUGAUGCUAAAUUAUUAAUGUGGACAUGAUCAUUUUCCAGAGGACCCACUGAGGAAGCAGAUAUUGAUUUUUUGGUUUAAGUUGCUAUUCUUGGGCUAGUUUGGUUUUUUGAACACAUGGUGUAAUUUUUUUUUUCUGAUACUGGCUGUUUAGUAAUGCAGCAUGCCAAAAAGUUCAGGUAAUACGUCUGCCCUAUAUGGCUUGGUUUUGAAAUAGGGCAGAAAAGUUCAGAGAUUAUGUUAUUCCCUAGAUCUGGAGAAAAUAAAACACCCAGCCAAGACUGUAAAACAACUUAAUGCAUCUCCACUGUUACAGUCAGUAUUUUCUACAAUAGGCCCAUCAACACCAUUGCUCCUACACCUGUGAUUUGUGGAUUAUUAUAAAUACUAUUCACUGCACCAAGUACGUUCUUGACAGCUCAGUAGAUGAAAUUAACUAUAGUUAUGCCCCCAAAUGAAGUCAUACACAGUUUAUUUAUUAGAGACAAAACAGCAUGAUUGGAGUGGAUUCAUGUUUCUCCUAGAAAAGUCACACUAUCUCUGAUCUUUCAGAGAAAUCUACAAAUACCUUCCAAAGACAAGGCUGAGAACUGAAAUUUGCAAUUCAGCUGCACAAGAAAAGCAGACAGUGUACCUGAAGUCACAGACAGAAUAAUCAAAACUUGCAGUAAUUGUUCCCUUUUCAGAAU